CUGUUUUAACAUAAAGGAAAUGUUUUAAAACUAUAUUAAUCGAUGUGCAGCAUGAUUUGAAAGAAAGGAAUUUUGUAAUUGAUGGAAUUCGGUUUGAGAUCUUACAAAUUACCGUCCUGAAGUCAGCCAUCAGUUAAAAGAGAAACUUCAGAAGAGCAACAUCUCAGGAUAUCAACAAGGACUAAACUGUAAAUUAAUUAUAACUGUGGAAUCAUUUCGAACAUAUAUAUGAACUUAGUGUGAUAUCAUUCAGCAUCUACAAGAAGACAUGUCAACUAUAGUCGAUUUAUGAUAUGAAGUAACUUUCCUUUUUGUAUGUAGAUUUUAUUUUUCCAAUCAUCAAUGAUGGCAUUUAUGAGCGUUUUCACCCUGUUUGUGAUUUGUGGGAGCAUGUCUUUAACUCUAGGACAAGAAAUAGCAUUAACUUAUAAUUUAAGGGAAAAUCAAGAAGUGGGAACAUUUGUGGGCAAUGUGGCCAGAGAGAGUUUAUUGUAUGGAAAUAUUUCUGAAUCAGAGUUCCAGAGACUAAAAUUUACAUUUUUCACUCAAGGUAACCCCAAUGCUAAACUUUUUACUAUUGAUGAACAUAGUUCAACCAUCCGAACAGCAGAAGUAGUGGAUAGAGAAGCAAUUUGUCCAUUAAAAGUGGACUGUUCUGUAGCUUUGGAUAUUGCUGUUUAUAUGCGCGAAAGUGGCAGGAAUGCGUUCAAUUUAUAUAAAUUAAUGAAAGUUAUGGUUAUUAUUGAUGAUGUAAAUGAUAAUGCCCCAACUUUUCCUCGUGCCAGAAUUAGUCUGACUGUUCCCGAAUCUGUGUUAUCUGGUCAUGUUUUACUGACGAGUGGUGCUGUGGAUGCAGAUAUGGGACACAAUAAUUCCAUCCAAUCUUAUGAUCUUAUCCCUAGUUCGGGCAUGUUCGGCUUAAAGGUUGUCAAGAAUUGGGACGGAAGUUCCGAUUUAGGAAUUGUUGUUAAGCAUCCAUUGGAUCGGGAAACUAGAGAUGAAUUUCAAGUUAAGGUUAUUGCCAAAGAUGGAGGAUAUCCUAUUAAAACAGGAUCUGUCAUCAUUGACAUUAAAGUAACAGACGUGAAUGACAACCGUCCAGUUUUUAGGAAUUCUACAUACAACAUUUCUGUGUUUGAAAAUAUUCCUAAAAACAGAACAGUUUUGCAGCUAUCGACAGUAGAUGCAGAUGAAGGCAUCAAUGGUCAAGUCAAAUAUAAAUACAGUUCUCGUGUUUCUGACAAAGUCCGAAAUGCUUUUGGCAUCGAAGAAGAAACUGGUAGGAUUUAUUCCAAGGGCAGUAUUGACUAUGAAACUACCAAACAGUACCAAUUUAUGGUUGAAGCACAUGAUGGUGGUUCACCUCCAUUAUCAUCCCAAGCUUUGGUUACCAUUGAUGUAGAAGAUGAGAACGAUAAUGCUCCAAAGAUCAGCAUCAACCUGUCCCCAGAAGGAACUGACAUAUCAGAAGCUGUGGACACCAAGAAGUUUGUAGCUCAUGUUUCUGUGACCGAUGCAGAUUUCGGUAAUAAUAAAAAUGUGCGCUGCACUAUGAGUGAUACACAUUUUGCCUUGGAAAGUUUUUUUGACACAAGUUAUAAAAUAGUUCUCGGUAAGAAGUUAGAUCACGAAACACAAGCUACCCACAAUGUUACAGUUACGUGUACUGAUCAAGGCAGGAUUCCUCUGUCCAGCACAGAAUCCUUCAUGGUCAAUGUUUUGGACGAAAACGACAAUUUCCCAGAGUUUAGUCAAACAAUGUACACUGGAAGUAUUAUUGAAAAUAAUGAUGUUGGUGAAGAAAUCCUGCGAGUCACUGCACAUGAUUGGGACAGUGGUAAUAACGGAAGGGUCCGUUAUUCCAUAGAUGAUGAGAUUGCCCGAUAUUUCGCUGUUGACAGAGAUACAGGUAUCAUCAGUGCCAAUGCUGUGUUGGAUCGUGAAGUGAACCCUGAGUUUAAAUUCAACGUAAUAGCCACUGACUAUGGAAAACAGCCAAAAGCUCAAUCUGUGGGGAUUGUCAUCACUGUUUUAGAUCAAAAUGAUGAACCACCGAAGUUCACAAAACCAGUUUUCUUCUGCUAUGUCAUGGAAAAUCAGAAUCCAGGUGCAUCAGCUGGAAAUAUCACUGCCACAGAUAAAGACGAAAAAAUUAAUGGUGAAUUCUUAUUCUCUAUGCCGGUUAAUUCCUGGGCUAGAGAUUUCUUUGAUAUCCAUCCUAGGACUGGUUUAGUAAGUACCAAAAAGAAAUUUGAUCGUGAAACCAAUGACCAAUUCAGUUUUUCUGUGAACGUUCGUGACCCUCAGGUUCCAGGUUUUUCUGAUACUGCUAAUGUGACUGUUUAUAUUUUAGAUGAUAAUGACAAUGUGCCUAUUAUUCUUUACCCAACUGCUGACAAUAAUACUGCAGAAGUUGCUUUUGAAACAAAAGUUGCAACAGUUAUAGCAACAGUUCAAGCAUAUGAUAAAGACGAACCUGCAAACGCCAAGAUAAUCUACAUGUUAAAAUCAGGAAACAAUCGUCAUCUGUUUAACAUGAAUCGCAUCACAGGUGAUUUGGCAUUAUCACGAACAAUUCGACCAGACGAUUCUGGCUACUACAAACUUGACAUUAUGGUUACAGACAGUGGCAACCCUCCCAUGGCUGCCAGAACAAAAUUAUUCAUAGAUGUGGCCAAAACAAACGGUACUUAUAUGGGUUUUGACGGUGAGGGCGAAACAGAUAAAAACAUGUUAAUAGUUAUUAGUUUAGUUGCGGUGACAUUAAUACUGGGUAUCGCUAUCGUAACCACCAUUUGUUUAAUUAAAAGAAUAGACAGAGAAAGACAACACAGGACUUUAAUGGUAAAAACUGAGGAAGAAAAAAUGUUUUCUGUUGUUAAAAAACGAGAGAGUUUUUCUUCCAUUUCAAGAGAUUCAAAUGAAAAUGAAGCUGCCUUAAAGCGCAAAAACAAUCGAAAAGAAGUGAGUUUUUCAAUAGAGGAUGAAGCUGAACACAAUACUACUGCAUCAUCAGGAGCAACAUCAUUUUCAACUUUUAAAUCACAGCCCAGUGAACAUUCCCAAAAGAGUGGUCUUCAGGAUAACUGUUUAGUUAUUGGUAAUUCUUUAAACUUCAACAAUAAAUUACAAAGCAGCAUUCCAGUUAGUGAUGAUUUACCCCCUCCUCCACCAUUAAAUCAACAGUGGCAUCAAACAAAAGAAGAGGAGAUGUAUUGCCUUCAUCCCUUCUCCAAGCUCUCGCCAUUUAGUCGACGAGAUUCCCUUCCCAUGGCACUUCAGGCUCGUCAAUUGAUGGAAAUUUUAAAGAAAGCUGAUGAUGCUGCUAGCGAGUCAUCUGGAGAAACUGGCACCAGUGAUUCUGGGCGUGGUGGAAGUGACGAAGAUGUCAAUAGCCAUAGAGAAAGUGGUUUAGAUCCUGAUGAUUCGAGAAAUUUUCACGCAAACAGUUUUUAUCCAACCUCUUUUGAUCGUUUCAAUGAUGGGAGACAGUCGAGUUUGUCUAUGACGUCUGGGCACGGCAGUUUACAAAGAGCUUCCCCAUUGAGCAAUUACCAAGGAAAAAUAAACACUGGUUCCAUUGGAAGUGGUUUCACACGCUGGCAAGAUCUGAAUAACAGUCAAGGCCCUGAUGAUGUUUUCGAAGACUCCUAUCUUCGAAGACCCAAGUACGCAGGAGAACAAAUGAGUACCUUCAACGGACGUAUGCAUAAUCAAAUGGACUAUAAACAUCAUUAUCCGCGACCUCUAGAAUUUAUUAGAGACGAAAGCUUCAGAACAGGUGCUUCAAGUGUCUGUGAUGAUGAUGAUAGAACAACAACGUCGGGUAGCUAUACGAUCAAUCCCGAUGAGCUACAAUCCGAAAUUGACGGACUCUUCUUUAAUGAUGUAGUGGUGUAAGCGAUCAGUAACAGACUUGUGUUUUAACUUAUUAAAUUCUGGUGGUGCCAAUUUUACCAAAUAAACAAAUCACAUUUAAAAGAAUAGAGUUGAAAACUCUUAAAAAUAACUCCAAAAACACUGCCAAUGGGAAUAGAUGUCCUGGCAAUGAAACAGACUCCAAAGAGAAUUAUGAUUAAAGGGAAAUAACUCUUAUUAUUUUUUACCUUUUAUUUUUAAAGGGAGGCAACUCUACUAAGAUCUGUGUUUAAAAGUUUGCUGUUGAAGGCAACAAUGUAAAAAACAAUAAGAAAUAUAAAUCAUUAUUUUUCUUCUAAAAACAAACAAAGAUUGUGUUCAAUAGCGGUUACUUAAUGCCUUUAAAACAUAACUUAGCUGAUCUGUUAAUUUGAUUGGUCCAAGAAGGAUACUAGUCAUUAAAUCGGCUAAAAUAAUUAACAGAACAAUUACCUCAGUUUACGAACUUUCUUUAAUUUGUGGACAAAAACGUACAUUUUAAUCAGGGAGGUAAAAUACUCCCAGGUUUCAUUGAAAAAUGUUUGUUUUAAGUUGUUGUUUUUUUAGUGUAUAUUAACUGAAGUCAUCUAAGCUUAAAGUGACUGUAUAUGGUGCUAUUCAAUAAUGUUUAUGGUAUGUAACUAAAAGUUAGACAACAAAGAACAGUGAAACAAGUUCAAUACGGUUUUCAUAUAUUUCAUUUGUAUGUGUGACUAAAAUAGACUAGUAAUGAUUAGAGAUAAAGGGCCCACUUGAUUAAGAGAAUCAAUCUGUUUCAUAUUAAGUUAUGAAUUCAGACUGAUCAGGUAGGGGUGUGACAAGAGCCUUGUUUGCUUUACUUACUAUCUGGAGAGACCAUUAGAGAACAGGGAAGAGAUCAUGGUAAAUUUUGAAGAUUAGGUUUAAAAUUUCUAUUAACUGUUAUUUACCAUACCCAAUUCUCCAAAGAACUGGUUUAAGUUUUGAACCGAAGCAGAUUUCUCGACUGGUUGUAACCAAGUUGGGCCCACAUUAUUAUUUAAUGAAUGAAUUUGACAUGAUUUCACUGUAUUAGUAAUAUAUUUGUAUGAAAUGAUUCCAUAGAUGAGGUAUGUUUGUUUGUCCUUGUUGAUUAAUUGUGAGCUUGGCUCGUUAAAUAGUGCUUUUUGCUUUCUUUUUAAUUUUCAAUGUUAAUUAAUUAUGAUUGCAUAAAUAAAUGUUUGUAUAUAUUUUUGUUCUUGUUAAUAUAUGAUUGUACAUUUAUUUUAAUUGAACAGAUAUAAUUGUUGCAUGAAGUCGUUUUUAAAUGAUCAAUUUCAAAAUUGUGUAUAAUUAAUUAUUAAUAUGGAAAUUAUGUUAAUCAACAUAUUAUAUUAUGAAUGAAAUAAUAUUAUAUACAGAAUUGUGUAUAUAUAAUGAAAGAAUUUAAUCUUGAUCAUGAUAUUUGCAUUCCCUAAAAUAAAUAUAAUUUCAGUAUUUUAUUUAACGUAUUUAAGCAGUUUCCGAAUAGUAUAUACAGCAUCUUAUUCAUUUGGUAAUAACAUUUUAUUAGGCCCAAGAGAUUCAUCAAUUAACUUUACUUUUAUCAUUCAAAUAUAGAAUUUCCGAAAGUUGAUUAAUUAAUAUUUGAGUACAUUACAGUAAUUUAAACAAGAACAAUGUAAUAUAUGUAUAUUUAAUAUAUAAUAUAAAUAUAACCUGAUCAUUGUAUAUAUGAUUUUGUACAGAAUAUCUCGACAACUAUGAGAAUAAAAUACAAAACUAA